CCGAGAGCUAAGUAGUAACGCGAGAAUUCAGCCCAACAUUUAGGGAGCUCGCGAGAGUGAGAACAGUUUUAAGUCAAAACAGAAGUGAUGGAUAAAUCAGGAAUGGAUUCCCUUGACUGUCUGGUGUCUGAUGCAGCUGUGGAAGUUGAAAACCAAAGUGACGACUCCUCAUCUGGUAGCAGCUUAUUUAAAACCCAGUGUGUUACUUCCCCACCUAAAAGAAGGCAAAGAAACCCCACUAGAAAAUUUGUUCAUUCACCUGAAAGUGUUACAGAUUCAUCAAGUGAUUCAUCUAUGGAACCAAAACCAUUGACUUUAAAAGCUAUUUUUGAAAGAUUUAAGAAAAAGAAACGAAGAAAGAGGAAGAGAAAGUACAAGCCAAAAUUAAGAACAAAGGAAGAACCAGAAGGAAGAAGAAAAACCAAGAGGUCACAAAUAGAUAAGAAACAAAUUAAAAAUAAAGGAUCUAGACUCCCAUUUUUACAAUCUGAGAAUGAAAGAAAACCAUUACCUUGGAGAAAAAUUUUAGCCUUUGAGCAAGCUGUUGCAAGAGGAUUUUUUAACUACAUUGAAAAAUUGAAGUAUGAACACCACCUUAAGGAAUCCUUGAAGCAAAUGAAUGUUAGUGAAGAUUUGGAAAAAGAAGAUCUUGAUAGUCGUAGAUACAAAUAUUUGGAUGAUGAUGGAUCAAUUUCUCCUAUUGAAGAGUCUGUAGCAGAUGAGGAGACAGCACAUCUUGAACAUGAAUGUGAUAUCAAGUUGGUAGAGGAUAGUUGUUUUAUAGUAAGUUCUGACUUCCCAAAGAAGACGAACAUAUAUCUAGAGCAUGAGAAUAAUAAUAAAGAAACUGCUUUUUCUAAAAAGCGAGCUUCUAAUGCCAAAAAUAUUGGACAGAAUACAGAGUGCCCUUAAAGGAGAUGAAGUCAAAGCAGGCUGUCUUCAGAAAAUGAUGCAUUGGUUUGAAGAUAUUUUAACUGGUAUAUUGGCAUAUUCCACAUCUGCAGUACUGAGUGUGAUAAUAGGAGUGAAUAUGAUUUGAACUUGGUGAUUUUUAUGUUAGAGAAGUGUCAACACUUGAGAACCAAGCAGAUCCAUCUAUAUCCCAAAGUAUAAGGCUUUGUUGAUAUUGCUUCUGGCUGUUUGUUUUCUCCUAUUUGGUAAGCAGAAAAGAAAUUUCAUACAGAUAUAGAAGCCCUUUUGCAUAGUGUUUGGGUAAGCUUGAGAGGAAUAUUUAUAAAGCCUCAUUCUAGAUGAAAAUGGGCACUGUUAAUCAGUGUUCAGAAUUGGUCAAUGUGGCUAAAUUGACACAGGUUAUGCUUCCAUCACAGUAUCUAUCUUGCAGUGGUGACAAUGAGACCUGUAACAUUUUGCUUAAGUUCAUAAGUGAAAAUAUUGAGAAAAAUGUUAAAAAA